ACAGCAGCAGAAACAUGUUUGUCUGAAAAAAACCUGAAAUGAAAAAGUGUCGUGUGUCGUGCUGGAUUCACAUCAGACUCGGAAAAACAAACAAUAAAACCAGGCAGCGCAGCGACACUGCUGGCGUCGUGCUCUUUGUUGAGAAUAAACAUUAGGAGAGGAGGUGGAGGGAAAAGAGGAGGAUUGAAGGUUGCCCGUAACGCCGAGAUUAACCAGUUUAGAUGAAAAAAUACCCGUAAAAACGCACGUUGUGUUGUGAAUAUGUUGUUUAAGUGGUUGGACUCGGUGGUGCUGGGAGCGAGUCUUUUGUCUGGACGCACUUCUUCCUGUUGGAGGUUGCCAGAGACGCGCAGUGUGCUGCCUCUUUGUUUCCACUUUACCCAGUUUGAACAUCAGCUGUUCUUACUGGAUUACCAGUCGACUCAACUCGGCUUCCGUUUUGGAAAUAAGUUUUUUUUUUUUUUUUUUUGGCGUUUAUUCGUAAAACUGUGUCGAUUAAAAUACGACCCGUUCCCACGUAACGAAGAGGGGCGAAACAAAACACGGCUAAUUUAUAGGGUUUCAAACUCCGUUUUAAAGUCUUUUAAAACAUACUUAACAUGUUGAAGUAACGUCAUACACAUUGAACACAAAGAAACCAUGUGCUGUCAGAAACUUGGCUUCACAUUAGACCAAAACAAACAAACAAACAGCUCAGGGUGAUGUUUAUCUGUUCUUAUUUGGCAUUUAUGAAGACUAAAGUAAGGUGUGUGUGCCAUGUCAUGUUGUCCGUCUGUGUAUUGAAGGGGGGAGGGGGUGGCUAAAUGCAAAUAACGACAUGUUAUUGUCUGUGUGCUGUGCGUUAGUGGCACCUUCUCUAACGAAGCACCGAGUGCACAGAGCUGCUCUGAUCACUGCAGCGAUGACGCUCAAGUGUCACACUUACAAAGCUCCUGUGUGUCUGUGGGUGUGUUUACUUUUCCCUAUGCACAUGCCACCAGAGUUUGGACUAAUUCAGAAAGGGCAUUUUGUCCUUUUCAUGCAGGGAUUAUGUCUCAGGCACCUGUGCAGAUUAUUCAGGAUGUGUGUACUGUAAAUUUGACUCGUCUAAGGCUACAGGGUAGUUGAGUUGCCAGUUUUCACCCUCCCAGCCAUGUUAAGUAUGCAUGUGUUUAUUUGUGUUUGCAGAGCAGCCAUGCUUCACAUCACGUCACGGCUGCGUCCUGUUGAGUUGCGGAAGCUCCUUUGUUUUUGCGUCUGGCUGUUGGCUUCUGUCUGGGCACUGCUCUUCCUGUUGCAACACACAAAGCUCAACUGGAAACUUCUAGAGCCGCUGAAACUCGUUCUCAUUGUGUUCUCACUUUCAGAUGCAGGUUUUUUUGUUGUGUGUGUGUGUUUGUUUUUCUUUGCUACAAGUUGCAACCUUUGUUAGUGAGUGACUGCUGAGCCCACGGGGCUGCACUAGACUAUAUAUUUUAGAAAAAGAGUGUGCAAAAUGGUGUUUUUGUUCUAUUUAAACACUUAAAUGAUCAAUGACAAGAUGUAUCAGGUGACAAAGCAUGGCUAACUGAAACAUAAUUACAAUAUAAACAGCCCCUAACACCUUCAAAUAAGUUUGUUACUGCCUGGUCUGUGCUUUGGAAGAUAUGAUCCUAAAAUGCACAGAAACUGUUUUCUGCAGAGAACAGAGGUAAAGCCACUCUGAACAGAUGAAUAGCACCUCCUAUUGGCAAUAGAGAUGCAAGAUGUCAUAGUCCACCCACACCAGCGUUUGACUGACAGUUGAAAGUGGUGGGAAAAGUACAUGUGUUAUUCAGUAAAACUAGUAACGCUACACUGUAAAGUCCUGGGUUGCACUACAGACUGAAUAUAAAGACGGACAGUGUGUCACCAAUGCCAAAAGUGAAGCCAAAAUAUUGCAAAUACAGGGGCGGCCAUAUUGUUUUUGUGACAUUUUGCAACCAAAUUCUGUCAUGUGAUCCAUGUUUAUAUACAGUUUACUAGGGCUGCCCCAUGAAAGUCAACUAGUGAAGAGACCUGUCAGUCGACUGAGACUGUUGAACCUUUGUUUUUGUUUUAUUUUAUUUCAGCCAUUGUGCAUUAUGAUAGAAGAUAGCCACAGCCUCUUAGUUUGUCAUCUUCUUCUCAUUUUCUUGGGCCAAGCAGCAAUUUGCUCAGUGCUUUCCCGCUGUGGUCAGGGGAAAUACCCAAUUCAACGAUGCAAGGAUGUAUAAGGUCCAGCGACACUAUUUAACAAAUUGCUACCCAGAAUGAGGAGAAAUCACAUAAAGGUGAGGUUUUUUUUUUCUCCGGUCAGCUUGUCUUUUGAGGGAGCCAUGAUUUUCCUGACAGGCAAACACACCAAAACUUUUAUUUUAGACAGAAGCUCCAGUAAUGCCGCUCUGCAGGUAUGUGUCCAGUUGAACAGACGACGACUCCCUUUGGUCAUUAAACUAUGAAGGAGAAAUCAGUUGCCAAGUGAAACAUGUUGUUUUCCAUAAACAAAGGUUUGAUUUUCUCCUGUGGUGUCUGUGUGGAGCCUGCCACACACCCACUCCACAACAACGACGGCUUUAGCUUGCAUCUUCCAGUGUUUCUUCUGUCAGCAAGUCCAGCAGAGCUGCAACUCUUCCAGUGCCAGCCCUGACACCAGCGAGGAGCCCUGCCCCAUUGACAUGGUGAAGAUGACCAAGUCGAAGACCUUCCAGGCUUACCUGCCAACCUGCCACCGCACCUACAGCUGCAUCCACUGCCGGGCACACCUGGCAAAUCAUGAUGAGCUCAUCUCAAAGUCAUUUCAAGGCAGUCAAGGAAGAGCCUAUCUCUUUAAUUCAGUGGUCAACGUCGGCUGCGGGCCAGCUGAGGAGCGGGUACUCCUCACAGGUUUACAUGCUGUGGCUGAUAUCUACUGUGAAAACUGUAAAACCACCCUGGGAUGGAAAUAUGAACACGCGUUUGAGAGCAGUCAAAAGUACAAGGAGGGAAAGUUCAUCAUCGAGCUGGCUCACAUGAUCAAGGACAACGGGUGGGAGUGACGCUCUGGCCGCAUGUUUUGUUUUUCUGACCUUGGAAUGCUCUUUACUGAACUGCGUGGAGCGAUGACCAUCGACCGCCCGGCGCCCCGCCCCAGCUAUCCCUAACCUUUUGCAAACCUCCACCCCUCGCCUCUUUGACACGCACACAACCACCUGCUCAUCGUGAAACUGAACAGAACAGCAUUAAAAAAAGAUGACGAGGAAACUGAGCAACUCUUGAAAAAUCGCAUCACAAGAGUCCUGUCGUUACUUUGAAGAUUGUGUAUUCUCCCUCGCAGCUGCAGAGCUUUUGGGUUUCACCUCCCCACCCACUCACUGUCACCACACCCCCACCAAACCACGCUUAGAAGUGACUGUGGUGAUAUGGCGACCACUAUGCGAAAGGGGAUAGACUUCACUGAAAGGACAUUUGUUUUGUUUUUUUUGUUUUGAUUUGGUCCAUCCAGAGAGACGGACAACUUUGGUUAUUUUAAUGUUAUUUGCUAUAGUUUUAACUUGCUGGUUUGGUAAGAUUUUGGUUUGACGGCAGAUGAAUGUUACUGGUUAGCAUUUUAUUUCUCUGUCACAUGUUGUUUGUGUUUGGCUUGUUGCGUCUCUCCCUCCAGCUGAGCGUGCUUUUCUUUGCUAAUGUCCAAACGAGCAGUCAGGGACGGGCGAAGAGCAGAGGGGAAAGGGAGUUACUGUAGUUACAAACAUGUAGCAGAUUUUUGAUUUUUUUAAGUGACAAAGGAUGGGAGUGCAGUAGUGUGGGAUUUUACACCUGAUGGUUUCAGUUUAUAGCCCUCCCCCCUCUUGUGAAUUUUCUUUAUUCGCCCCCUUUUGGUACUUGUCAGCAUCCAAAACGCAUUGAAAGCAGCAAGUAUUUGACAUAAAUGGAUAUACAGAUUCAUAUAUAAAUAUUUGUAGUGUUUGGCUAAAUGCGAUUGUGGCUGGUCCCACAUUGCAGCAGUACCAUAAGUCACCGAGGCAUCACGAGGAGCAGAAAUCAUUUCUAGACUGGGGAAUCUGACAUCAGUGUCCACUUGUCAUAAAACAUUAUGGCACUGUAUUAUUCCAUUUUCUAGUAAUGAAAAAAGACAACUGCGUAUGAAUUUAUAUAAGACUAGAAUUACAUAUCCAUAAAAACUAUGAAAAUGUUCAUAGUACAUAGAUACUGGAACAUGGAUUCUAUAUACAUAUAUAUUUGCUGUCACACACAUGUAUAUAUGCAUAUGCCUGUGUGUAUAUAUGCAUUGUGUAGUCAUGCACAGUGGCAUACUUGAACGACGUUACUUUGUUGCACUUUGCAGAGGCCAUUGGUUCAUCUCAGUUUAGAGGCAAAAAGGUUUUCUCUGUUUAUUGGCCGUUUUAAUGAGGAAUCCUUGGAGGUGGAAGAAGUUUGAGCUGAAGCGUUUGACCUCUGUUACAACUGUGUUUAGCAGCUGUCAGAUUAUUUGGUUUGAUUUUAUUAAAACUGUAUUGACGACUCCCGCUUUUCCUCGGUUUUUGCUUGGUUUUGAGCCCCUUUUGAAGAAAAAGGUUUCCGAUUCUUUGCUGCUAUCCUAGAAAUCCCGCCGUUUCUUCCCGCUCCUGUAGCCCAUUUGCACUUUAUUCUUAUCCGUCUCUCUCACUUGGAGCACAUGAAUUGUCUCGGUGCUUUGCCUCUAAGCUGUAUGAAACUUGUGCCUCUUCAAAACAUGACCAUCCCUCCACCUUUCUUUCUGUUGUGCAGUGCAUAACUACAAAAACCUUCAUGUAAACCGAUGUCUUCCCCCCUUGUAGUUCAAAGUGGCCCUCAAAAAUAACAUUUUUCACCAAAAUACUUUUUUUUUUUGGGACAACAGACUUAGUGUAGAUGCUCACAUACAUUUUCUAUGUAUGGAUAUUCAGUAUAUGAUUCCUUAGAGGACUAGGCUGAGGAUGCCCAGGGCUUGUUGUUCGACUUUUUAUUGGAAAGAUAAAAAUGAUGGCAGCAGGUUGAGGCAGGGCAGGGUGGGAUGGGAGAGUUUUAAAAAUCAGCGGUGGUUGAUUACUUUGCCGGCAAGGUCAGUCAGAUCACACAACCUUUUAUCCUAAAAACGAUGACAAUGCAAACCCUUCAUAGCUAGCAGUGAUACCUACUUGAACUAAACAGCUGAGAUAUUGGCCCAUGUUACAGUUUUUGUACAUAAAGUAACAUUUAAGGUUUUAUACAUAUUUCUACUGGGUUAGUUCUUUUACUUCCCCAACUUGAAGCACUUUUGUUGACUGUACCUCUGGUUGUGUGUGUUGGUGUGAGUGUGUGUGCAUUCAUGUGUUAGCAGACAUGCCUGCACAUGGAAGUGAAUGUUUACUUUCUCCUCAAACAGGUUUUCAUUUUUCCCUCUUUAUAGUUUAAAAAGUGUUUUUAUUUGUCCUGUUUCUUUUGUUUUUUGCAGCUGUUUGGUUUCACUGUCUGUCCCAGUGAUCUGCGAGCUCAAGAGCCAGGUUAGUUUAUUUGGAAGUGAUUUAUCCCUGCUUUGUUUGUUUUUUCUGUUCGCUUGUUUAUUUGGUUUGAGUGGUGAGAGCCCGAUAGAGGGCCACUGGUUAGGUCUCUGCUGAGCCAUGUAGAUGUUGAGGGCGAGCUGGAAUCUCCCACCAUGUUGCAGGGAGAGCCCCUACACCAAGACUCUUUAGCCACCACAGUCGGCGUCUCCUGUAUAGAUGGCCUUCAGGUGAUGAAAUGCACCCGCUCUGGUGGCCAUAUUGGAGGUCCUUAGCUUUUGACUGCACUGGCUUGAAUAUCUGAUUGUAUUCCUUAACUGAAUCAUUUUUAUGCUGGUCUUGACAGAAAAUUAUUUGACGUCUAAGGUGUAUUUAAUUUGAUGUAUAAAAACGAUAAAUCAGUCCAGAUCAUGUUAGAUUGUUAGCUGCCUGGCCUUGAGGCUGCACACUUUGAAGUUUGCAUUCAGAAGGCAGGUCACACAAGGCCCAUUUUGCAGCCUUCUUUUGCUUGAAUUUCCAGCACUCAGUAGCUGCGCCUCAGUUCAGAGGCGGCAGCCUAUGAAGGUGUGUCCUUCCGCAGCUGUUGUAGACCACAAAGGCCAAACCAUGCGCCAUAAUGAGACCAUCUGGUCUACAGAGAAUUUCCUAUUUACAUUAACAACUGUUCCUGCCACUACUGUUAUGUUGCACCACACAAACAAAACAUUGUUAUUCUGUAAUGGUGCAUUCAGCUGAUCUGUGUCAGUUAACAGCAAAGUCAAGAAUACUACUUCGUUGAUACUUGUGUUAGCAGUGCUGGUAAACUGGAUACAUUUCAUGAACUCCGUUAACAUGGAACUCUGUAUUUGCCACUUUGUCGGCUGAUUCCUGGUGAUAAACCUGAAACCACUGAGAUUGAAAGUUCAUUCUUGACCUUGAAACUGCAGAUGACAAAUGAUCUCACCACAAGGUCCCUUUGGCAGAUGUUUAGGAGAGUUUGAUCAUAUCACAUGAUCUUCCUCAGCAAAUAGACUUGCCCAUUAGCGGAAUAGUAGACGUUCAAACUUCCACUAUCACCAAGCAUUCAUUUGAGUUGGCCUAGAAAUCUUUAAGGUGCUCAGACGGAGCAUCUGUAAACCUACAACAGCUCCACCAGCUUAGGGAGACCGUGCUAGAACCAAAUGACUGUGGUGAGGUUAUUUAUGUCAUCUGAAAGCUACUGACGUGAGAAGCUGAUGAGGAGCACCUGAAUGCACCAUUAAGGGAGGAUGUUGAGGCUCAGUGUUGCCUUCAGGUUCUCCAUAGGCAACACUUUCAAGGGCUGCAUCUCUGUCGUUGCAGCUCCUGCACUGGGAUGACAAUGUCAAAGGUCAGCUGUAUAGUUCAACAUAGUGAACAUUUCCUAAGAGAACAGCAUUUGCAGCUACAUUAGAAACAAAGAGGAAAAAAAAGAAAGUACCUUACCAGCCAGUUUCUCCCAAGGACCUCAAAGAUGGCGCCAGCAGUGGUUGCUGGGAGAUUUGACCCAACUGCAGAGCCUCUAUACUCUCCCUUCAAUCAGUCUGUGUUGAACCAACAAAAGCAGUUGCCAGUGUCACCGCCGGUGUGUACCAAAUAAGAACCAGGUUCUAUUGAAUGCAUCAGUGUCAGUGGUCAGGAAGGGUGUCAGGAAGUUUGAGUGUCUCCUGGAGCUUCAACCGCUAAACCAAAAUUAAAAGAGAAGCCGUCCUGUCACUGAUGACAUUGUCUUUCCAUAGAAUAUUUUGAUUCUCUAAAUUUAAGCAGCCUGGAUGACACAUGUAGAUAUUUGCUGCUGAAAACUGUUUACUUUUUAUUGUUAUUUUUUUGUGUUAUUGUGACACUGGCUACCUACUUUUUGAGCUCUGUUACUGUCUAAAACUUACCUGAAAGGCCGUCAAUCAAAGGCGAGAUGCGUAUGCAGGGGGAAAGACUGUACAAGUUCUUUUCUUAGGACUGUUAAAUUUACAGUUUAAGGUUUAAAGCAUGUUGUAUUUAUAAUGGCUAUAUGUUGUGCCUGUUUUAUUACUUUCCUAAAUUUAAAAGCAAAAGUAUGCUUUUUAUUUGACUACAUUGCUUUGCAGUCUGUCUUAGUAAAGCCAUGUCACGUCUGUUUUCACUCUAAUGUAAACUAUCAGAUAUCACAAUAAAUUUUCA